CGCCAGCUCGCGUGGGCGCGGCGGCGAGCGUGCGCGCGUGAGGGCCGCAGGCCGGCGGGCGUCGGCGCGUCUCCGGAAGGAUGGGCCGGUCGCGGAGCCGCAGCUCGUCGCGCUCCAAGCACGCCAAGAGCAGCAAGCACAACAAGAAGCGCAGCCGCUCCCGCUCGCGCUCGCGGGACAAGGAGCGCGUGCGGAAGCGCUCCAAGUCCCGGGAGAGCAAGCGCAACCGGCGGCGCGAGUCCCGCUCGCGCUCGCGCUCCACCAACGCGGCGGCGUCCCGGCGCGAGCGGGAGCGGGAGCGCGCCUCGUCCCCGCCCGACCGCAUCGACAUCUUCGGGCGCACGGUGAGCAAGCGCAGCAGCCUGGACGAGAAGCAGAAGCGCGAGGAGGAGGAGAAGAAGGCCGAGUUCGAGCGCCAGCGCAAGAUUCGGCAGCAGGAAAUAGAAGAAAAACUCAUCGAGGAAGAAACAGCACGAAGAGUGGAAGAAUUGGUGGCAAAAAGGGUAGAGGAAGAAUUGGAGAAAAGGAAGGAUGAAAUCGAGCGAGAAGUUCUCCGAAGGGUGGAGGAAGCCAAGCGCAUCAUGGAAAAGCAGUUGCUCGAAGAACUCGAGCGACAGAGACAAGCUGAGCUUGCAGCACAAAAAGCUAGAGAGGAGGAAGAACGAGCAAAACGUGAGGAGCUGGAGCGGAUACUGGAAGAAAAUAACCGAAAAAUUGCAGAAGCACAAGCCAAACUGGCUGAAGAGCAGUUGAGAAUUGUUGAAGAACAAAGAAAGAUUCAUGAGGAAAGGAUGAAACUAGAACAAGAACGGCAACGGCAACAAAAAGAAGAACAAAAAAUUAUCCUGGGCAAGGGGAAGUCCAGGCCCAAACUGUCCUUCACAUUAAAAUCCCAGGAUUAAACUGCAAACUCUGAACUUUUCACAAAGAAAAACGGAAGAACUUUGUAUGGUAGCUUCAUGUUGAAGUGUUUUCUUUUUUUGUUUUAUUUUUUGUUUUUGUUUUUUUUAAAUUUGGAAAAUCUGGAAAGUUAGCUUGUUCUAAUAGGGGCUAUGCUCUGCAAUCCCUUUUAUUUUUUACCCCCUUAACUUCCAUUGUCAAAUCCUUAUCAGAUCAUUACUGUCUUCUAAAGAAAGUGAUAUAUUUUUCACCUGUUGGAUUCUGUGUUCGUGGUCUGCGAAAGAGAUCACUGACACUGUAGAUGGUCUGAUAAGGUUUUUACUGACCCGCUCCGCUGACUUCGGAGUUGCACAUACUCUGUGUAAUACAUCAUAAUGCUGGUUCUGCUGGCUUUUUGUUUUUUUAUAUAUUUAUAAAAAAAUAAAAAGUUGGUAAUUGCAGUGGAAAAUUCCCAGGUUAUUACUGGACCUGUGUGGUAUAUUGUUAACCAGUGUCCGUGUGAUACUGUUGCUCUUGAUGUUCCUGAUACAGGUAAGGAAACAGUUGGUCAACUCUGAUAAAGUCACAUCCAUAUGCAGUUCAGUAUUGUUUCUGUUCAAUUUGUUUUUAUUUCAUUGAGAAAAAUCAAACCAGCAUUCCCCACUGUGUAAAUAAAUGAUUUUGCUGAAUAAAGUAAAGUCUUAAAUUCA